AGUGAGGGCUCAAGCCGCCAAAGCUCGAGACGCACCCGCCCCGCGUGCUUCGGGCCGCCACCUCCGCCGGCAUGCCCGCCAGCCAGAGGGAGGAGACGUGAUGCGGGCCGCGCGCCUGAGCCGCUUCGAGAACCAGGGCGGCAGCUCCGCUGCCGAGGGAGGACGCGAGCCCGCCUCCCAGCCGCCCGUGGCCGGCUUGUCGAGCGCCGGGUCAGGGCGGGCCGCAUCGAGCGCUGGGCCGCCAGCCGGGCCGGCGCCAGAGGUGAUGGGCCACGUCCAGACGGCCACCUUUGGCGCAGCGCCGGAGGGCGAAGAGAGCAGGGCAGUGGACACUGGGCCAAGCGCCGCGGCGCCAGGGCCCGCCCGCACGACCAGUCGAUCCAGCGCCGGCGCACAGAGCGAGGAGGACCGACGCCCUGGCGAGUCAGCUGCGCGAGAGCGGGCGCCAGCUGCGCGAGGCUCGCGAGAGAGAGGACCGAAGAAGAUUCGGCAGCGGGUCUCGCAGAGUUCGUGGGCGUCAGCGUCGCCGACGCCCGGGCGGCGCUGGAGGAGUGCAGCUGGGACAGGCAGCUCGCCGCCGACCGGCUGCUGGUGCGGAGCUCGCAUGCCUCCGCGCCCCAGCGGGUGGCCUCCCCCGCGUCUGGCCUGCGGUUUGCCGUCAACCAGGCCACAGCGGCGCCACGCCCAGCUGGCUUCGACCGGCCGUUCCGCCCGCCCGCGCAGUCUUUCAGCGCGGCCCGGAUGGCACAUCACGGCGCCGCUCGGCAGCGCGACCCUGUCGGCUCUGCCUUGAGCGGCUGCAUGACGGGCUGCGCACUUAUGGCGUGUGCGACGGCCGUCACCACGUUCUGCUGACCGACCACUGCCGCGGCCUGCCAGCGGCGUUCGCGACGGUCCCUGAGUAACAGGCGUCCUCACGAACUCACGGCGGGCGUGUCUUGCACCGUUCCAGGGCCCAGGUGCUUCGUCGACAGGCCUGGCUCGAGAAAUGCAACCAUGGAACGACAGGGCUGGCAGCUCUGGUCGCAUUCGCUCGCGACGUCGUGAGUAGUCUUAACCUCGCCACAGCAGCGAGGCCGACGGGGUGACCUCUUGCUUCUUGCUCCUCAUGUACCCAUCGAUGGCGAGACGUCUGGGUCAUAGAUCCCGCUGCCCCGCAAGCCUCUCCGCCCAUCCGCUGCGGCUGCCGCACAGAUGCUCCGGAGCAGGCGCCCCGCCCGACAGAGGCAAGAGAUCCGCGCGGGCCUCCGAGA